GCCCCGGACGACCCGGCGGACUCAGCGGGACCACCCGGCGGGCCCCAGCGGGGGCAGCAGGGUGAUCGGCCCCGGGUCCGAGCCUCGGACAUCUCCGACGGACGGGGCGGGCAGCGCGGAGAGCAGCCCGGGAGGCCAUGGGGACCCAGGCCCGGCCAGCGGUCGCGGGCCAGCGGGAAUCCCAAGUCUGAAAAGCCGGCGGCGGGGGCGGCGGGGGCCAUGACCUCGGUGUGGAAGCGCCUGCAGCGCGUGGGCAAGCGGGCCGCCAAGUUCCAGUUUGUGGCCUGUUACCACGAGCUGGUGGUGGAGUGCACCAAGAAAUGGCAACCGGAUAAGCUGGUGGUGGUAUGGACCCGGCGGAACCGACGCAUCUGCUCCAAGGCCCACAGCUGGCAGCCAGGCAUCCAGAACCCUUACCGGGGCACCGUGGUGUGGAUGGUGCCGGAGAACGUGGACAUCUCUGUGACCCUCUACAGGGACCCUCACGUGGACCAGUACGAGGCCAAAGAAUGGACAUUUGUUAUUGAGAAUGAGUCCAAGGGGCAGCGGAAGGUGCUGGCCACCGCCGAGGUGGACCUGGCCCACCACGUGGGGCCCGUGCCGGCCCCAGUUGCCCUGCGGCUGCGGCUGAAGCCCAAGUCGGUGAAGGUGGUGCAAGCCGAGCUGAGCCUCACGCUCUCCGGGGUUCUGCUGCGGGAGGGCCGCGCCACGGACGAUGACAUGCAGAGUCUCGCGAGCCUCAUGAGCGUGAAGCCGAGUGAUGUGGGCAACCUGGACGACUUUGCUGAGAGUGACGAGGAGGAGGCUAAUGGCCCGGGGACCCCGGAGGCACGGGCUCGUGUCCCCCAGCCAGACCCAUCUCGGGAGCUGAAGACACUUCGUGAGGAGGAGGAGGAGGGCCGGGUACAACCCCGGCAGGCAGCUGCCAGCCCUUCUAGUGCGGAGGAUACCAGCCCAGCCCCUGUGAGUGCCCCUGCGCCCCCAGCCAGGGCCUCCCGGGGCCAGGGGUCAGAACCAGCUACUGUAGCAGGGGGCCAGGUGGGGCUCAAGUCCCCCAGGCCCCCGGGAAUCCCACCAGAGAAGAGGUCCUCAAGGCAGCCAGGCCAGGAUGUGGCCCCCACCCCAGCGCCUCGGCUCCGGAAAGGCUCUGAUGCCCCUUGGCCCCCAGGCGCCCAAGGGGAAGAUGAGGCUCCCAAAGCCUCAGGGGCUCCCCUAGCAGGAGUGGGUUCUUCUGGGGAGACCGAGGCCCAGGAAAGCCCUCAGGAAGGGACAGAGGCUCAGGGAGCCAGGCUGGGCCGAGGCACUGAGGAUGGAGACUCCAGAGACUCUUUGGUAGGGCAGAAACCCAAGGUGGAGGAGGGGAGCCCUGGGGACAGGCCAGGGGCUAGAGGGGUGGACACUGAGCAUGAGUCAGGAGUCAGAGAGGUGAACACUAAGAGGUCAGACAUCAGAGCAGGGAAGGCUGAAGAGAGUUCAGAAGUGAGUCAAGUGGAUGCUGAGCAGAGGUCAAAGGUGGGACAUGUGGACACUAAGGGACCAGAGGCUAUAGGGGUGAUGACUGAGGCAAGAUUCAAGGAGACUCCCGAGGCUCCUCCAAGGGGCUCUCAGGGGAGGACAGGGGUCAGGACCAGGGAUGAGCCUCCCGCGAUCCUGAGCACACCCCCAGCAGAGCCUGCAGGGCACACCAGGCAUCUUGGUGACCUUAAGGGGGCCAGGGCUGCCGCAGGCCAGGAGAGAGAGGGUGCAGCGCUGAGAGGCAGAGCCCCUGGUGUUGGGGGGACAGGCCCGGAGCGGGGUCCCUCUGUUGGAACAGCAAGCGUCAGGCCCCAGGUGAGCAGGCACCAGGGGGCCCCACCAGCAGCUGACCAGGGUGUAAUGUCUAGGGAUCUGGGGUUCUGGGAGGCAGAGGCUGGGGAUUUGAGGGUCCUGGGAACAGAGUCAGAGGUACUGGGGAUUCAGGAGACAGAAAUGGGGGGAUCAGGGUUCCCAGAGAUAAAGACAGGGACAACAGAAGCUGAGGUAUUGGGGGCCCAGGAGACAGAGACCAUGGGAUCAGGGGUCCUGGACUCAGAGGCUGCUGGAAUGGCAGAGUCUGAGGAACUGGGGACCCAGAAAACAGAGGUUGGGGAUUCAGGAUUUCUGGGGACAAAGACUAGGAUGACAGAGACUGAGAUAUUGGGGACCCAGGAGAUAGCUGGUGGUUCAGGGAUACUGAGGAUAGAGCCUGAGACAGCAGAAUCUGAAAUAUGGGGGGCCCAGGAGACAGAGAUGGGAGGUUCCAGGAUGCCAGAGAUAGAGGCUGGGAGGGCAGAGGCUGAGAUAUUGGGGACCCAAGAGACAAAAGUGGGGGGUUCAGGGAUAAAAUCUGAGAUAGCAGGGACCCAGGAAACAGAGGUAGGCAGUUCAGGGGUCCCAGGAUUCAAGACUGAGACAGCAGCAGCUGAGAUACUGGGGACCCAGGAGCUAGCAGCUGGGGGUUCAGGGGUCCCAAGGAUAGAGAAUGACAUAGCAGGAGCCCAGGAGACAGAGGUGGCGGUUUUAGGGCCAGAGGUUGGAAUGGCAGAGGCUGAAGGCCUGGGGACUGAACAGACAGAAACUACAGUGUUAGAGGCUGAGAAGGUGAAGGCUAAGACUUUGGGUGUCCAGGAGGCAGAGACUGGGCUCGGGGGGACCCUCAAAUACGAGCUUUUACAGGACUCCGUCACUAAGCAUGGAGUUUUAGGGCCCCAGGGAGUAGAGGCAGAGGCAGAGACUACAGUUUUGAGGGUCCAGGAGGAGGAAGCUGGGGUUUUGGGGGUUUCAGAGGCCAAGACUGGGGCUUGGGGGGCCCCAGAAGCAGAGAUGGAGGGUUUAGGGCCUCCAGAGAACAAAUCCAGUGUUUUGGAGGCCCAGGAAGCAGAAGCUGGGGUCUCAGGGACUGAGAAGGGAAAAGAAGCUGAGGGAAACCUCCCAGAGGCCAGCCUGACUGAGGCACAGGUAGCCAGCCGGGCAGGGGCCGGGGUGCUCAAGCCCUCGGGGGCCUCUUCCCCAGAGGAGCCUGAAGAGGACGGGAGGCUGCCAGGCAGCCAGGCACCACCUGCCCCCGUCAGCUCCAGUCAAUCCCUGCUGGAGUGGUGCCAGGAAGUCACCGCUGGCUACCGUGGCGUCCGAGUCACCAACUUCACUACAUCGUGGCGCAACGGCUUGGCCUUCUGUGCCAUCCUGCACCGAUUCUACCCAGACAAGAUUGACUACGCCUCCCUGGAUCCACUCAACAUCAAACAGAACAACAAGCAGGCCUUCGAUGGCUUCGCGGCCCUGGGCGUGUCGCGGCUGCUGGAGCCGGCGGACAUGGUGCUGUUGUCGGUGCCCGACAAGCUCAUCGUCAUGACGUACCUGUGCCAGAUCCGCGCCUUCUGCACGGGGCAGGAGUUGCAGCUGGUGCAGCUGGAGGGCGGCGGCGGCGCUGGCACGUACUGUGUGGCCAGCGCCCGGCCGAGCGCGCCCGACGGCCUGGACGCCGGGGGCCUGGCGCAGCGGGGCUACCUCUGGGCAGGGGAGACAUGGGUAACCAGCAGCCAUGAGGGGGUGGGCACUGUGAUGGGGAAGGCCUGGCAAGCCAUGGCGGGAGCGCUGUCCAGCCUGGGGAUCAGUGACGCUUCAGGAGGUGUGACGGGGCCCGUCCUGCCCUAUGUGUGCAAGAGGCUCUGGCUGGCCCCAGGGCAGGGCUGUUGGGAAACCCCUACAAGACCUCACUGGCCUCUUUCUCCACAGGAAGGCCUGAGCCCUGACCCCGGCCCUGCCCUUGGUCCACCCACAACCACAGCCCCACAGCAGCCCCCUGGUGGGAGUCCCCCAUCAGAGGAGCCACCCCCAAGUCCAGGGGAAGAGGCUGGGCUGCAAAGAUUCCAGGACACAAGUCAGUAUGUGUGUGCAGAGCUGCAGGCCCUGGAACAGGAGCAGAGACAGAUAGAUGGGCGGGCAGCCGAGGUGGAGACACAGCUGAGGAGCCUUAUGGAGUCAGGUGCCGACAAGCUGCAGGAGGAGGUGCUGAUCCAGGAAUGGUUCACAUUGGUCAACAAGAAGAACGCUCUCAUCCGAAGGCAGGACCAGCUGCAGCUCCUCAUCGAGGAGCAGGACCUGGAGCGGAGGUUCGAGCUGCUGAGCCGGGAGCUACGGGCCAUGCUAGCUAUCGAAGACUGGCUGAAAACCGCCGCGCAGCAGCACCGAGAGCAGCUUCUGCUCGAGGAGCUGGUGUCGCUGGUGAACCAGCGCGACGAGCUGGUCCGGGAUCUGGACCACAAGGAGCGGAUCGCCCUGGAGGAGGACGAGCGCCUGGAACGCGGCCUGGAGCAGCGGCGCCGCAAGCUGAGCCGGCAACUGAGCCGGCGCGAGCGCUGUUCGCUGAGCUGAGGCCCCGCCCGCUCGCCGCGCAGGCUUUGUCGCCGCCGCGC